CGGGAGGUGGUUCUCGUUCGGGUCCGCGCCCGAAAUCGUGAUGGCGGCGGCGAUCGGGGGAGGUGGGGAGCGGAGCAGCACCCGGGACCGGCUCCUGGCGGCGCUGGAGGAUCUCGAGCUCUUGGCCAGGGAACUAAUUGAAAUUUUGGCAAUUUCAAGAAACCAGAAGCUUCCACAACCUGGAGAGGAGAGUCAGAUCCUGGAACUGCUGAUUCAGAGGGAUGGAGAGUUUCAAGAGCUAAUGAAGUUGGCAGUUGAUCAGGGGAAAAUUCAUCAUGAAAUGCAGCUUUUAGAAAAGGUAGUAGAGAAGCGGGAUAAUGAUAUUCAGCAGCUGCAGAAACAGCUUAAAGAAGCAGAACACAUACUGGCAACAGCUGUUUAUCAAGCAAAGGAAAAGCUGAAAUCAAUUGAAAAGGCAAGAAAAGGUGCUAUUUCCUCUGAAGAAAUAAUUAAAUAUGCCCAUAGGAUCAGUGCUAGCAAUGCUGUUUGUGCCCCUCUGACGUGGGUACCAGGGGACCCACGUAGGCCAUAUCCUACAGAUCUGGAAAUGAGGAGCGGUCUUUUGGGUCAGAUGAACAAUCCAUCCACCAAUGGAGUUAAUGGACACUUACCAGGGGAUGCGCUUGCAGCGGGCAGACUGCCAGAUGUGCUCGCUCCUCAGUAUCCUUGGCAGUCAAGUGAUAUGUCAAUGAACAUGCUACCUCCUAAUCACAGUAAUGACUUCAUGUUGGAGCCUCCAGGACACAAUAAAGAGAACGAAGAUGAUGUAGAAGUUAUGUCAACAGACUCCUCAAGCAGCAGCAGUGACUCAGACUAGGUACAAAGGGACAGUAUCCCUAGUAGACCUUUCCUGUGGUGAAGAUGUUCAAGUAAAAUGACUGGGAGCUUUCUGCUGGAGGAGAGAUGCCACACUUCCAGUGAUUAUGUGAAUGUGUAUGUUUGCAAGAGAUGUGCGUGUGUAUAUAUAUAUAUAUUUACUAUACAUUAGAUGACAAAAGUUCCUGGGAAAAAAGGUGUAAGGGGAAUCUCCUUGUAUGUUUGUUAGUAACUUUACUCUUUUGAUGAUAGCCUUUUCUAUGGCACAGAAAUGAGGCAUUAAAUUUGUAAUUUUAAUAUCUUGUUUUGUUACUGCCUAAAUCUGUUCUUGAUCAUCUCGUGUGUGCUGAGAACAAAAAUAUGGCAAUAAGGUGUGUGUGUGUGUAAAAAAAAAAAAAAGUUUGUAAUUAUUGUAAUAUAUAACGAAUGAUUUGUCAUAAAUAAACUCAGCUUUGAUG